AUGCGCCUUGAAACGUCGAUUUACGCGGUAUUUUCAGAUUUCGGAAUAAUGCUCCGCCACAUCCCCAUCGUCCAAACCGAAUCAGGCAAGCUCGUUGUGUCUUCCUGCUCCAAGGCCGAGGGCCCCUUCACGUGCUUGGGGUGCGGCGGCGGCUUGGUGCUGCUGCAGGGCAAAGUCAACGUCUACCACUUCGCGCACUGCCAGCAUUCGCUCGGGUGUUCCGGCUGGGGUGAAUCGGCUCAGCAUAAUAAGGCGGCAAAGUUGCUGGUUGAAAAGUAUUGUUCGCGGCUGUACACCGACUGUGACGCGAAGCAAGAGUAUCGCUACCACAACAAUAUAAACUACUCGGCGGACGUAGCCAUCUUCCAAAAUCACAGCUUUGUUCCUAUCGUGGAGAUCAGUGUCGCUCAUGUCACGACGGGAGACGCGCUCGAACGACGUACGGCGUGCGUUGGCGCGAACAGUGUAUGGGAGAUCGCCGCCGGAGAGAACCUUUCCCAGCAAACCGAACUAUUUACAACGCAAAACACAGUGGAAAUCCCCUCCCUCUUGCGGUAUGAGCUAGAUGAGUGCACGCCAAUGUGUCACCGACGGGACAACGCGGCCAUGCAGUGGUGA